AUGUCACUUGAUCAGAAUUCGACUACGACAGAAUUUCUAUCAUGGUUUAUUCCUCUCGAUAUUAUGCAUAUAAUAUGUUAUGCGUUUACUAUUGUAGCCGCUCUACUCUUUUUAUUCAUUAUCAUCUAUGAUAAACUAUACACUACUGUUCCCAUGAUGCUUAUUACAAAUUCAUGUAUUUCUGAACUUUUGUUUGCCACUAGUUUAUUUGCUAUGGCUACAUUUACGAUACACAAUGACAUUCGACACGUUCACUUUUAUGGUUCAUCCUGUAUUUUUAUGGCCUAUCUAGGUUAUGUUUCAGUCGGUUUACAAAAUUAUUCUUAUCUAUUGCAAGCUAUCUAUCGAUAUAUUUUAGUUGUUCAUCCAGGUCGCUUGUUUUAUCAAUCAAUUGAAUUUCAACUUUUUCUCAUUGGUUCAACAUGGAUUUGUUGUACUAUAUAUCCUAUCGUGUUAUGGUCUACUGGUCAAAUCAAGUACACAUUUGAUAAUGGAAUAUGUCAAAUGCCUCUUAAACCUUCUUUCGCAACGAUAUUCAAUGCAUUUUAUAUUUAUUUUAUUCCUAUGCCAAGCAUAAUAUUAAUUUAUCUGAAAAUGGUUCAACAUAUACGAGACAUGAACAAACAAGUGACUACGGUCAAUAGAUUAUUCCAUGCGAAACGAGAAUUACGAAUGAUUCGACGUAUUGUUUCACUUAUAUUCAUUUUGGUAGCACUUGGUUUGCCUUAUGCAAUCUUUAUUUUCAUGUCAUUUUUCAAUAUGGCACCAAAAUAUCAUUUUCGUAUUGCUUUUACAUUUAUUGGCGCAUCGUUGGUGCUCGUAAUGAUCGCUCUAUUAGAAAUUACACAACCAUUGAAAAAUUCCUUGAUGAAUAAACUAAGUCGUCAAUGGGUAAAUGUGAUAAAAACAAGAACAUGA